CUGACCCAGCUCGUGUAGCCAAUUGAGCCGUGCCGAGCCGACUCGUGCCGACUCAACCAGACUCGGUUAUCCCCCCUCCCAAAUUCCCACCAUCAAUCGGUUGAAGAAGCCGAGCUCGGCUCUCCCAUGGCGGCAGCUGGUGCUGGGAAGAUGCUGCAGAGGCGGAUCCUCUCCCUGUUCGCCGCUGAUCGUGCCCAGAAUCUCCUUCCCGCUGAAGCCUCACAACGUAUUCUUCCUUCCGCUAAUGCAUUGUUCAGUAGAUACAAUCUUUAUGAAAGAGGCUUGAAGACUCAAGCAGAGGCCAAUGAGGACUUGAAAAACCAAGAAGUCAGUGAAAGGAAGCCGAACAAUUCCCUUCCAAAUGAACUGAAGGGCAAUGACAAUUCUGAAGUCAAGUACUCUGCCAUAUCCAACUUGAAAACCUCUUCAAGGCAUGAUCUUGCCCUGGUCUUUACUUGCAAGGUCUGUGAAACGAGAUCGGUGAAGACGGCUUGUCGUGAAUCGUAUGAGAAAGGUGUAGUUGUGGUCAGGUGUGGCGGUUGCAAUAAUCUACACCUGAUAGCGGAUCGGCUUGGGUGGUUUGGAGAGCCUGGGAGCAUAGAGGAUUUCUUGGCUGCUCAAGGAGAGGAAGUCAGGAAAGGGUCUGUCGAUACCUUGAAUUUGACUUUAGAGGAUUUAGCUGGAACCAGAAAUUGAGAAUGCUUCCGAAUAUUGGUUGUGUGAAUCGCAGCUGUAUUGCCUUAGAAAAUUUUUGAAUCUUGAUCAUAUCACUUGUUGGCAGUUGCUUCAGGUUGUAAGGUAGAAUUACUGGAGCCUCUUCAGUGCGAUUUUGCUGAUAUUAUGAGUAUAGUAGCUUUGUUACCA